AUGGUUGUUCAAUUGAUCUCCAAGCCUUCAAAAUUCAGCCAAUCGCGCUUCCUAGACGAUAUUCGGAAUCUCUCAGCAGCAAUCAAUGCACCAUACUCCGAGCGCACAACCAUUGAGGCCCUCUCUGUAUAUUCCCACUCCUUCCACAAUGGUGUUGUUCUCUGGCGCGUAACGGAUCGUCCAGGUGAUGCUUUAAACUAUAGGUUCUAUUCCCGGGAACCAAUAGAUACCGUAUCCAUUGCCGCAUCUGCCGGUCUCCUGUCUCCUGAUAUUGCCAAUACAUUAGGGAAACUAGUUACUUCUUGGAGUUCGCUGUACGAUGGGACACCCGAAGAGUCAUGCGAUUUUGACGCUGAGAAGGGAUUGGUAAAGGCAUGGGUUUACUUUGGUGGGAUGAGACCUCUUGAUGAUAUAUUAGGCGCCGAAGGUGUACCAGAAAGUGUGAGACAACAUGAGAAGAGGUUCAAAGAAUUGGGGUUGCAGAAAGUGCGACAUGUGGCUGUGGAUUACCAUAAACAAACUGUCAAUCUAUAUUUCCGAGCCCAAGGUCCUAUAUCUUUUCAACAAGCGACAGCUUUCAACGCAUUAGCCGGCGCGGAACCACCUAGUCAAUCCCAAUUUAUUGAAAUGCGAGAGUUUCUGAACGCAGUGGGAUAUACAUUCGCAGUCACAAUCAACAUCGACAGCGGGGAUAUCGAAAGGGUGGGUUAUUAUGCAUUGAAAUUGCCUGAAAGAUCGGCUAAAAAGUGGCCGGCCAUAAAUGCACAAUUGGAAAGAUUUGUGCAAUUUGCACCUAGUUACGACAGGGAGGAGAUGAACGCUGUAGCGUGGAGUUUCGGAGAAAGGAAGACGUAUGUUAAGUUUGAGAGGAGUUAUUGCGGGGAAUUGAUACCCUUAAUUAAGGGCUGGGGCACUACUUUGAGUUCGUGA